CACAAUAUAUAUUAAUUUAUUUUAAUUUCCGAUACUAAAGUUAUUAUAGAAAGUUACAAUUUAGAAAGUCAAAUAAAAUCCUAUUUAAUAUGUAAAACAUUAAUCGUGUCUUUAAACGUUCGUUCCAAGUGCAUCUGUUCUGCAGCUGUUUCUCCGAAAGAAUGAUUUAUAUUUCGAUUCUGCGCUGUUGAUAUCGCUCAGAAUUUACGGAAGUAAUGGGUAAAUGGAGAAAAUGGUACUGAAAUUGUGGUAAAUGUACACACGGGAACGUGAUAAAUUGAUUCAUCAGAUAGAUGCAGACUGACAUGUGAUAUACCUACCAGUCGGAUAAAUUUAACGUUGAAUAUGUCGACAUUUGGCAUAAAACAUAUAUAUACAUGUGCAUGUAUUAUAUAUGCGCCACGUGAAAACGUAUAAACUUUAUUUCGCGGAACAACCUUACAACGCAAAAUAUUUGAUCUUGUUGUUUUCAUAGUUUUUGCCAAAAUAAUUUUGAAGUUAUUCUUAUAUAUAUUCUAGUUUUAUUUUCCAUAUGUGCAAGUUUGUCAAGAAAAAUAUCGUAGCGCAAUAUUUGUGGCGACCAACAAACGACAAAUCUGAUUCGUAAAAAUUAAAAAAAGAAAAAAAGGAAAAAAAUGGAGGCGUCGAUGGAAGCGGAAAGUUCCGUAAAAUUUUCACCGGCGGAACGCGAGGCUGUUCUGGAGGUAUUAGAGAAAUGCGUGGACUCAUUAGUCGUUUAUCAUAACACUCUGAGACAACAACCGGAGAUGAGAAGUGACACCGCUAAUUUUUACCCCGAAAUUGAUUUGUAUGUGAGCGGUAUAAUACAAGAAUUGAAGCGAGAAAUUAGCGAACGCGGGACUAUCGAGGUAUUGAUCAAGGAAAUAGAGAAAAUCACAUCGCGGGAGGAGCAGGAGCGUUUUUUAUCGGAAGAGAAUGAAAGAAUGCAGACUAUCGUAGCGGAGUUACGAAAAACGAUCGCCGAUAAGAAAACGUCGAACGAGAAGGAGGAGGAAAGUUUAACAAAGAAGCUCACUUUAACACGGGACGAGAAGGAGAGACUAAAACUAAUUAAGGACGUGGAAAUGAGAUACGUCCGAGCUUGGGAGACGGCACGUCAAGAGCAAAACGUACUGCGUUACAAAUUAAAGAUGGACGAGCUGGAAAAGACUUUAAAUAAUUAUUACGUACGCGAAAAAAACGAGAAUUGCGUGAAUAACGAAUUAAUACGUUAUCUGACAUGGCGUACAGCGUUCAUCGAGAAACGAAUCGAGCGAUGGCAGGAGAGGUAUGAUCGAGAGAAGAAAAUGUAUGAGAAAGAGAUUCACAAAUUACGCUAUGAGAUAGAAGAUGCUCGAAAAUACUUGGAGCAGCUUACAACGGAGUACUGCAGCAAUCAAGAAUUUAUCGACACAUAUCUCGCGGAGCAGGAGGCACUCCGAAGGCAGAAGGAACACGAGGAUCACGUGCAACGUUGCACAAUCAGGAUCCAAGCUUGGUGGCGGGGCGUCAUGGUGCGCCGGAAGUUGGGGCCGUAUCGACCCGAGGAGAAAAAGAAGAAGCGGCCUGUUAAGACGAAGAAAUAACUUCCCUCCCGGCUAAGUUACUCUUAAACAUACCGCGUUGACUUUAAUUUGUUCAAUCUGACAGAACGGACUAUUAAUCUACAGAGCGAUCUAACCAAGGUCACGGAUGAUUAACCGAUUUAACAUACCGUGUGUGUGUGUGUGUGAUAGUUUUAAGUCUUGAAAUUUUAAGAUAAAUAGUUUUUAUUAUUUUCAUUUAUUCAGCAAACUCAUCGAUGAGUUUCCGGUAGAGAAAGUGCGAUUUCUUGUAAGUUAUUUUCGUUCCUUGUCGAAAAAAAUAUUGAUUCUACUGAUCGAAACUAGAAUAUCGCGCAACAAAAAAGCAAUAUAUUUUUAGCUUAUUUUUUUCCGAUUCGUAUAUUGCUAUACGAUCUUCGCGAAAUCAAUGUAAGUACAAACAAACGUAUCGCCGCUUCUACUGCAUAGUUAUUGGAAAGCAUGA